GGGAUGAAAAUAUUUAAUGAGCUGUCCCCUGCCCGGUCGACGGAACGAAGGUAGGGCUAGCGGCAAGUGACCCUCCGGCAUCCUUCAGUUCAUCCGCAGCGUCUACAGGUGCGCGUCUCGUGCUUUUAUCGUCUAUAAAUCUGUUCCCCGCGUACGCGCUCGACGUUGAUGUUUCUUCCGCGCGCGCGGCUUGAGUUUAUUGCGAGCGUCGAGCAUCCAUUUCAUUGAUCCUCGUCGACUGGUGACGUGCCGUGCCGGUAUCGAACAUUCUCUUCCCUGUUCUUGUCGAUUAACACGUUCCCAGUAAACCGAUAACAAAUCGCUCUCUAGUAUCACGAUUUUGAAAGUUCACAAUCUCAAACAGGUGUCACUCGCUUCCUUUAACGGAAGAGAUUCUCGACAGGAGGACGUGCGUGGCCUAGUCUCGUUAUAGCUCCGUACCGUCAAUUACGUGAUAGUGUUUGCAUUCGUCGAUCGACCGAGGAUUAAACUUUGUCAGAUGAUGUCUGCUAAUACAAUUACUCGGUCGAUCGAGAUCGGACUGCGGGUCGCCGGCAUCUGGCCAGGCGCGGCCCACGCAAUUGUCAAUCGAUUUUUCUGGACCGCGACGAUGAUAACCGCGCAGAUCUUUCAGUAUCGCCACAUGGUGGUGCACCUCAAUUCCAACGACAUCUCACAGCUGAUGGAUGGCCUGAGCGCGACGCUGUCGUACAGUUUGUUGUUUGUCAAGUUGAUUGUUUUCUGGACAAAACAACGAAUAUUCAACGACGUGUUAGCGAGCAUCGCGACGGACUGGGAGAAAUGCGGGGACACCUUGUGCAGCAUGAGUGCCGUGGCCAAUCUGACGCAUCGUUUCUCCAAUUUGAUCAUCGGCCUGCACUCGACGGCCGUGCUGUUCUACUGCAUCGGCGUCGUCGCUCUGGGCGGCGACGACGUCGCCGAUCGUGAACUUUUUCUCAAGAUGGAGUUACCCUUCGAGAGUGGCACGUCGCCAAUUUACGAGGUCGUCCUGGCCACGCAGUUCCUGCAUCAGAUGACGGCCGCCACUGUGAUCGGCGUGCUCACUGCGUUGCUCGUUACGCUGGUGCUCCAUGCGGGCGGUCAAAUAGACAUUCUGCGGGAAAAAUUAUUGGAAAUUUUACCGAGGAAAAAGGCACCACCUAUCUCUGUGAUCACGAUGGGCUCGUUAAUUCGGAGGCAUCAAAACAUCAUCGUUUUCACCGAAAAGAUCGAAAGCCUGUACUCGUACAUCGCGCUAGUGCAAUUCAUAUCGAACACUAUCGUUAUUUGUUGCCUAGGCUUCAUCAUCGUUAACUCGAUCGGCGACGAUCAAGGCUCCUCUAUGUUAGUGAAAUCUAUCUUAUUUUACGUCGUCAUUAACUUGGAAGCGUUCAUCUUCUGCUACGCCGGCGAAUAUCUGAGUGUCAAGAGCAAAUCGAUCGGCGAUGCGGCAUACGAAUCUCUGUGGUACGAUUUGUCUCCCAGCGAGAAUCGAAUCCUCUUAUUCCUGAUAAUGAGGUCGCAAAAACAAUUGACGAUUACCGUUGGCAAGUUCAUGAAUCUCUCAUUGCAACAGUUUGCGAACAUCAUCAAAUCGUCGGCGUCAUACAUCUCUGUGCUACACGCGUUGUAAUAAUGCAACGACUACAAAGACUAAUUAUUAAUAUCGAGUUACCAUAACAUUGAAAAUUACGCUUGAUGGAAGAUUACUCUAUUUUUAAUAAAAGUCAAUGAUCAACUGAUA